CGCGCAUUCCUUCAUGCGCGCUCUGGGCACGGAGGUGGAGGCGGGGGUCUCUCUCUCUCUCUCUCUCUCUCGGCUCAGCCAUUUAAAUAUCAACCCGUGCAACUGCUCAGGGGCACUGAAAACAAGACGCCCCGCUUGGAUCGGAUCAUUUGUCGGCUUUUUCAAGAGGAGCGUCGCACGGGAUGUCGAGCCUUCUGGAGAACCCUCUGCAGGCGGUGCUCUAUCUGAAGGAGCUCACCGCCAUCGUGCAGAACCAGCAGAGUCUGAUCCAAACCCAGCGAUACCGGAUAGACAUACUCGAGCGCCGGCUGGAGGAUCUAGCGGUUGAGAAUCGGCAGCUGCGGGACUCCAGCAGCCAUCACUGGCACCCUCCCCGCUAUCAUCCGCCUCCGCCCCCCCGGACCUCCAGCCUGCCCCGAACCAGCAGAGCCGGGACGCCCCCGGUCCAAACCAAGCAGCAGCAGCAUCAUUCCCCCCUGGACAUGCAGCUCGUUCCUGCGGGACCCAGCAAUGUCAGUCCAGACUCUGCUGAUGAAGAUGAUAAUGAUGCUCAGGACCCCUGCUGUCGGUCCCUGGUCCCACAGACACCUGCCACCUUGUGCCGAGCUGUGGGACUCCCACGGGCAUCUGAGAGCCAGACCGUCCUGCACCAGUUCUGCUGUCCUGCACCAGAGGCCCCAGAGGGAGACUCCCUAACCUGCUCCAGAGGCGAGCAGUACUUGGCGCAUGAAAGAUGGAAAACCCUGCUCUCUGCUCCUCGUAUAGAGGAACUGGAGCAGAAGUACGGUGGUCCUCUGAUUUCCCGGCGAGCGGCCUGUAAGAUCCAGACGGCGUUUCGUCAGUACCAGCUCAGUAAGAACUUCCAGAAGAUCCGGAACUCGGUUCUGGAGAGUGGGAUCCCGCGGCGCAUGUCUGUGCGCAGGGUCCGGGUACAGAGGGACAGGUUUUCUGCUGAACGGGCGCUGAUGGAGGGAUGUUCACUCAUGGGCAUCCCACUCACACACUCCACCUCACUGCCGGUGGCCACUACAACCACACUCACACACCUGGAGGACACAUUCACUGAACAGGUUCAGUCAUUAGCGCGGUCUAUUGACGAGGCUUUGAGCAGCUGGAGUUCUGUUCGAGACGGGGAAGGAGAGAAGUCCACUGCGGCCCCUCCCUCUGGAUCCCAUCCCGAGGGGCUCCUGGUGGACCCCGCUGCCCCACAGGAUGCCACGCAGAGCGGCUGUGGGGAGAACAUACCCCGCAGCGCCAGUAAACUCAUGAUGGCUUUCAGGGAUGUGACUGUUCAAAUUGACAACCACAACUUUCGCCUCUCCUCCUCAAUGCUGGAGUCAGUUUCUCUUGGUAACGGCGUAGCCAAGGAGACCAGCUUGGAACCCCAAAUGCGGGGACAGAAAGCAGGCCAGUCGGCAUCAACAGCUACGGCAGAGCCUGAGUUUCCAGCUCCGCCACCCAGUGAGGAAGAGAAGGAGAACCAACAGCCAACCGGAACAGACGAACCGACAGCAGGGGCGGGACCGGAGGAGAAACAGACCAAUCAGAUUGCAUCAGAGACAGCGGAAAACAGCUCGGAGCCCGUCAGUAGCAGCAGCACCUCCACAUCAGCGUGUGAGACGAUGACUCUGUCUCUGCCCCGCCCACAUUGUCAGGACACGCCCUGCGGCACGCUCUCCACGGAUAUUGCACGCAAACGCCUUUACCGCAUUGGACUCAACCUCUUCAAUGUCAAUCCAGACAAAGGCAUCCAGUUCCUGAUCUCCAGGGGCUUUAUUCCGGACACAGCAAUUGGUGUGGCUCACUUCCUGCUGCAGAGGAAGGGUUUGAGUCGACAGAUGAUUGGAGAGUUCCUGGGUAACAGCAAGAGGCAGUUCAACAGAGAUGUGUUGGACUGUGUGGUGGAUGAGAUGGAUUUCUCCAUGCUGGAGCUGGAUGAAGCUUUGAGGAAGUUUCAGGCUCAUGUGCGAGUGCAAGGAGAAGCUCAAAAAGUCGAGAGACUCAUUGAAGCAUUCAGUCAGAGGUACUGUAUGUGUAACCCUGACGUGGUGCAGCAGUUUCAUAACCCUGACACCAUCUUCAUCCUGGCCUUCGCCAUCGUUCUGCUGAACACAGACAUGUACAGUCCCAACAUCAAACCAGAGCGCAAGAUGCUUCUGGAAGACUUCAUACGCAACCUACGAGGAGUGGAUGAUGGCGCAGAUAUUCCACGAGAAAUGCUAGCCGGGAUUUACGAACGGAUUCAGCAGAGGGAGCUGCGCUCCAACGAGGAUCAUGUGACUUACGUUACCAGAGUGGAGCAAAGCAUUCUAGGAAUGAAGACAAUACUGUCGGUUCCUCACCGUAGGCUGGUGUGCUGCAGUCGACUCUAUGAGGUCACCGAUGUGAAUAAACCUCAGAAACAGGCCUCACAUCAGAGGGAGGUGUUCCUCUUCAAUGACCUGAUAGUGAUCCUCAAACUAUGCCCUAAGAAGAAGAGUGCUGCCACAUACACGUUCUGCAAGGCCAUGGGCUUACUGGGAAUGCAGUUUCAUCUGUUUGAGAAUGAGUAUUACCCUCAUGGAAUCACGAUAUUGUCUCCGUUCUCGUCAGAGAAGAAGCAGGUGGUGAGUUUCUGUUCUCAGAGCGCCGAGGAGCUGCUCAAGUUUGUAGAGGACCUGAGAGAGAGCAUCGCAGAGGUGGCAGAGAUGGAACAAAUACGGAUUGACUGGGAACUAGAAAGACAACAGGUUGUGAGAAAUCAAACUAACAAGAACGGCACACAACUAGACAUCCACGCUGGACCUAGUUCUGCUUCAGGGGAUGAUUUUUAUGAGAAAACGGGAAGCAACACGGUAGAGGUGUCAAUUCACAACAGGCUCCAAACGUACCAACUCAGCUCUACUCUGGCCCCACCCCAGUUUUGCCCCCCGACCCCUCCGCCUCCACGCCACCUGCUGAGCCAACGCAGGUACUCCAGCGGGACACGCAGCCUAGUCUGAACAACACACAGAUUGGUUAACAACUGUUAAAGGGACGGUUCACCUAAAAAGAACAUUCUGUCUUUAUUUAAUCAAUCUCAUGUUGUUCCAAACCCAUAUGAGAC